UGUCAGUUAGUCGUUUGUCCUUUUGUCAGACUUAUUAGGUUAUGUCUGAGUAAACAAACAAAUCCAAAAUGCAGUGGACUCAAAAUUUAUGUAGGUGCUGCGGUCAGAUAAGUGAAACCUGCCAUUCGAUUUUCAACAGCGAGAUACCCAGUGCUCUGGAAGACAAAAUCAAAAAAUGCCUCAACUUGAAUCUGUGCAAAGACGACUACAAACCAAAACAGAUAUGCAACGGAUGCGUGGUGAAACUCAACGAAUUUUCAGAGUUUAUGGACACUUGCUAUGCCACAAAUCAAAAAUUUGAAUCUAUUUACUUCAACUCGCCGACCUGGCAGAGCAGAAGUUAUGAUUACCCUCCCUUGCAGAAGCAAAGUGUGAUCGUGAGCAACAAACAGGUACCUGAUAAUCUUGACAUUGAACUGUACAAGAACACGGGUAUGGUGUUAGAUAAUCUCAACAUAAGUAACUGUCAGUUAAACGAAACGGACGUUUUAGAGCUAGUAGGUGACGGAAACUACAACACCGAAAACUGUACACAGUACAUGAACGACUCAAAGAUUAGAAGUCCCUACAUCACGGUUUUAAGACACCCUUCCACCACGGAAGAACAUAACGCUUCCUCUAGUUACAGUUGCCAAGACACAGGCAACAAUAGAAUGUGCUACCUAAAUAAUUCUUACAACACAAACGGUUCGAGCGCAGAACUGAGGGAUUUAGAGGAAGAUGCGGAGAGUUUAAGAAAAAAAACCGUCACUGUAGAUGCGGUACAGAACACCUUAAAGCGACCUGCAAGCACGUACCACAAAGAAAAACUAAAAAAACUACACCCAUGCCCACACUGCCUGCGAACUUUUUCUCGUAGAGGCACCUUAAACUCCCACGUAGCCAACCACACAAACGUAAGGCCUUACAGGUGUGAGGACUGCUCGAAAUCCUUUGCCGUCAAAAGCGAGCUCACCACUCACAGAAAAGUCCACGGAGACAAGCAUAAAUGCGUGUACUGUGCGAAAAAGUUCUCGGUUCCCAGUAAACUGCUACGUCACAUUCGAAUACACACAAACGACAAACCUUUCGUGUGUAACGUGGCUAACUGCGGCAAAAGGUUUUCCGACAAGCGUAAUUUGGAAGGGCACAAACUCUUGCAUACGUCGGAGAAGAAUUACCCUUGCUCCGUAUGUGCGAAGUCGUUCAAGACUGCCAACAGGCUGAAGCAGCACUCGAAGUGCCAUACGUGCGGCGUAAUGUACACUUGCGACUUGUGUUCGAAGAAGUUUAAGUACAAGAGCAAUCUGAUCAGUCACAUUAAAAAGCACAACAAUAUUUGUCCAUACUGUAAAAUAAACUGUGAGAGUAAAACUCUGUUGACUUAUCAUUUAAAGACGUGUAAAGCUCGUUUGUAACUGUGAUAUCUAUGAAAUAAAUUCUUUUAUUUUUCUU